AUGGCCUUUUUUGAGAACAUUGCUCCAGAUGUGAUAAAUGCCAAAAAGAAAAUAAUCAGAAUGGUCAAAGACUGUGAGGUAAGACUUAGAGGCUAUACAAAUAAUUCAGAUUAUGACAUCCUCAUUCUGCAAUUCUUUGAUAUUAAAUACAUAAAGAUGAAAAUUCGAAAAAUCAUUGAAUGCCAAUUCCAACUACCUGAUGAAAAUACCAUUUUUCUUUGUUGUGAUGGAGCUUCAAGAGGUAACUCUGGAAUCUCUGGUUAUGGUUUUGUUAUUAGAAAUUUAUCUGGACAAUUCAUGGCUGCUGAAAGGGGUGGUCUUGGCAUAACAACAAAUUUUGUGGUUGAAGUCAUGGGGUCAUUGUAUGCUCUGGAAUGGGCAGUACAACAUAACAAGUUUCAGGUGAUUGUUAAUUCUGAUUCAAAGGCAACCAUAUCAGUUUUCUCCAACAACAAUUUGCCAUGGGUUGUAUUGGUUAUAUGGAAAUUGGUGUGCACUGUCUUAAAGAAGAUUCACUUCAACCAUGUUUAUAGAGAAAUAAACUUUUCUGCAGAUUUCUUUGCAAAGAAAGGCUGUCAUUUACAAGAGGGAAAGUCCUAA